AUGGCGACCCCCAACAACCUGACCCCCACCAACUGCAGCUGGUGGCCCAUCUCGGCGCUGGAGAGCGAUGCGGCCAAGCCUGCCGGCCCCGACGCGCCCGAGGCGGCCAGCCCCGCCCAUUGGCCCAAGGAGAGCCUGGUUCUGUACCACUGGACCCAGUCCUUCAGCUCGCAGAAGGUGCGGCUGGUAAUCGCGGAGAAGGGGCUGGUGUGUGAGGAGCGGGAUGUGAGCCUGCCACAGAGCGAGCACAAGGAGCCCUGGUUCAUGCGACUCAACCUGGGUGAGGAGGUACCCGUCAUCAUCCACCGUGACAACAUCAUCAGUGACUAUGACCAGAUCAUCGACUAUGUGGAGCGCACAUUCACAGGAGAGCACGUGGUGGCCCUGAUGCCUGAGGCAGGCAGCCCGCAACAUGCACGGGUGCUGCAGUACCGGGAGCUGCUGGACGCAUUGCCCAUGGACGCCUACACGCACGGCUGCAUCCUGCACCCUGAGCUCACCACUGACUCCAUGAUCCCCAAGUACGCCACGGCCGAGAUCCGCAGACAUUUAGCCAACGCCACCACGGACCUCAUGAAACUGGACCACGAAGAGGAGCCCCAGCUGUCUGAGCCCUACCUUUCCAAACAGAAGAAGCUCAUGGCCAAGAUCCUGGAACAUGACGAUGUGAGCUACCUGAAGAAGAUCCUUGGGGAGCUGGCCAUGGUGCUGGACCAGAUUGAGGCUGAACUGGAAAAGAGGAAGCUCGAAAAUGAGGGGCAGAAAUGUGAGCUGUGGCUCUGUGGCUGUGCCUUCACCCUCGCGGAUGUCCUCCUGGGAGCCACCCUGCACCGCCUCAAGUUCCUGGGACUCUCCAAGAAAUACUGGGAAGAUGGCAGCAGGCCCAACCUUCAGUCAUUCUUUGAGAGGGUCCAGAGACGCUUUGCCUUCCGAAAAGUCCUUGGUGACAUCCACACCACCCUGCUGUCAGCUGUCAUCCCCAACGCAUUCCGGCUGGUCAAGAGGAAACCCCCAUCAUUCUUUGGGGCGUCCUUCCUCAUGGGCUCCCUGGGUGGGAUGGGCUACUUUGCCUACUGGUACCUCAAGAAAAAAUACAUCUAGAGCCAGGCCUGGAGCUUGGUGUCUGACUGUUGGUGUCUCUGUGCUGUGUGCUUCCCAAUGACUUCUCAGUAACUCACUGUCCUAUUAACACUGGACAGCACUUCCCUGCCCCUUGUUCUGAGUAAUUCUAUUGUCCGUGUGACAACAUUCCAUAGUUUAGAAGUAGACGUUGCCAAUGCUGUGACUUGAGGUCACAGCUCUACUAAAGGAGAGAAAGAAAGAGUGGGAGAGAGAAAGAGUGGGAAAACAGAAACAAAACACGAAUGCCUUUUCUUCUGAUUCAAGGUCUCGAGAUGUUCCUGUGGGGACUGGUUAGGAUCUGAGGUGAGUCCCAGGACAUUCCAUCCACCAGGGCCCAGGUUCUGGGAGGCACUGGGGGCUCAGAGGCCUCACCCUUUGCUCCCCUUCCCUCUUGCCAGGGACCUCUUCCACAGGACAAAGCCAACACUGAGACUCGACUUUUCUAACCAGUACUUCCAGCUGGGGCUGAAAAGCCAGAGACCCCGUGGAAGGCCCCUGAAGAUCAGAAGGGGCUUCGUUCUUCUCCUGGACAUGGACUGAGACAGCACUGGCUUGAGACAAGGCAGUGACACCUGAAACCUGGCCACGGCUGGGAACGACGCCAUAAGCCCACCCUUCACCCCAUCCUCAAUGGUCACUGUGUUCUGUUAGGCACUUCUGUAGAAAUCCCUGAAGUAGCAGUCAUCAGCCACUCCUACCUUGAGUUGAGUUUCCCACCCUGAGUGGGGACUUUCAGCAAAAGCCAUGUUGACCUUCCCUUAGAAGGUCAGUCCCAGCUCAAGUGCAGGGGUGGUUUCCUCUCCACCUCCUUUAAUGCCCUCCCUUCCCAUUAUUCCAGGGGCUCCCCUGUGCCGCAUGCAGGAGGGGGGUCUCUGUCUCCACGAUGCUCCCAGGUCGGGUCUCACUUUCCUGUGCCUUUUGCAUGUUGGGAAGGGGCCUGGGUGUCACUGCUGCUCAUGCUUAGAAACCACGGAGAGCCCCCAAUAAAGCCUCCAGGAGCAAUUGCUUUUCAUUUCUAAGCUGUGUCCACCGAACUCUCAUUUCCAAAGGUGUG